AAAUCGUCUGGCGCCUUCAUUGAGCUAGCUGUAACAGAACGGGCGCUUUCUAAAUUCUGGAGCUGGGAUACUCUUCUCACGCCACUUCGAUACAGCUACGGCCGGAAAGGAUGUUCAUAGCAGUUUGAUGGCAUCGAAAAUUCCUAGAUGCGGACAGAGUAAGUGUGUGCAACCUGCUGGCAGUGCUGCAGAAAUGAAGAGGGCGGCCAAUAAAUACGUUUUCAAAGAGACUGCUGUACCGUCAGACUUCAAUUUCUUUCCAAAAACUGCUAUUUUCAAGCCUCUCAAUGAGAAUGUACCAAGAAAGAAUGUUGUAGCCAAAGUGCAUAAAGGACCUUCCACCAGAUAUGGGCAGCAGUCAGAACUCAAGAGCCAUAAUCAACUUUUACUGGAAGCCAAUGAAGAACUGCAGAAAAACCUUACAGAAACACAGCAAAAAGUUGCCCAGUUGGAACAACGAUGCAGUGACCUCCAAGGAACCAAUGCAGAUGUCCAGAAACAACUGAAGGACUGCCAUGUGCUACUAGUUGCUGGAAAUAUCGAUCCAGUUUUGGGAGAGAAAAUUGGAAAAACUGCACAGCAAAAUGAGGAUCAACAAAGAGAGGUGGUGAACGUAUCCCAAGAUCUGUUACGUGAACUGCAGACAUUUGGUGACAUGGCAACAGACCAAAGUGCACAACUAACAGAAGUUCAAAAGACCAUGAAGGCUCUCACCGAUUCUCGGGAGCAUCUGGUGCAGGAGAGGGAGAAUUUCUCCUUUGAAGUUGAAGAAAUUGAUAAGGCUCUUGAGGAAGCAGAGCAGCUCUUGUUGGAGUAGAUAUUGUGUGUGUGUGUGUGUGUGUGUGUGUCUUGAUUUUAGUGUAAAUGUAAGUAUAAAUAUUUUUGUUUCUUUCAACUAACUUUGAUAAGUCAUUUCGAUCAUUACUACCUGCAAAAGUUGUUUUCACUUAGUCAUAUUUUAUUCAUCUAGAAGACUGCACAAUUUAAGUGAUUGACCUGUCAGUGUUUUGCUUGACACAAAUUCAUUGAUUUCUUUCUUGUAUAUUAAACUUUUAAAUGUA